AUCAAACUCAUAACACAACAACUAUGGCUGCCUUGUUCACCAAGUUUUGUUCUCAAGCUCUCACUAUCUUCCUACUACUUCUCCCAGCCUUGUUUUCCCAAUCCUAUGCCGGGGUCCUUGUGGUUUAUUGGGGUCAAAAUGGUGGUGAAGGCUCACUCACAGACACAUGUAACACUGGAAAAUAUCAAAUUGUAAACAUAGGAUUUCUCUCAAAAUUUGGCAAUGGCCAAAGACCUGAAAUCAACUUAGCUGGCCACUGUAACCCAGCAUCAAACGGCUGCCAAGGAGAGGGGGCUGGCAUCAAAAACUGCCAAAGCAAAGGUAUCAAGGUCAUGCUUUCGAUCGGUGGCGGUGCAGGAAACUAUGGACUGUCAUCUGAUGCUGAUGCUAACGGUGUAGCAGACUACCUAUGGAACAACUUCUUAGGGGGCCAAUCAAACUCAAGGCCUCUAGGCAACGCCGUUUUGGACGGCAUAGAUUUCGACAUCGAGAAAGGUGGACCUUUCUAUGAUGCACUUGCUAGGAGGUUGUCUGACUACAGCAAAAGAGGCAAAAAGGUCUACUUAAGUGCAGCACCACAAUGCCCAUUUCCUGACCAGUAUCUCAAUGGUGCUUUGUCCACUGGCCUAUUUGACUAUGUUUGGGUUCAAUUCUACAACAACCGUCAAUGUGAAUUUACCACCAGCAACCCCAAUGCCUUCAAGAACUCAUGGAACAAAUGGACCUCCUCCAUAAAAGCCGGCCAGUUCUUCGUCGGGCUUCCGGCUUCCAGUCAAGCUGCUGGCAGUGGCUUUGUGAAUCCAAAUGAUCUGAAAAACCAAGUGUUGCCUUUUGUUAAGGGAUCUCCCAAGUAUGGAGGUGUCAUGCUCUAUGAUAAGUUCAACGAUGACAGGAGUGGCUAUAGUUCUCAAAUUCGAGGCAGUGUGUAACUUCAGCCCUGACUAUCAGAAGGCUUAAAAUAAGUAAAAUAAAGAAGUAAUGCUCUUUCAUCGUUUUUAAUUAUAAUAAAAGUUGAUGAUGUCAAAAUCUUAAGCUUAUCAUCUUAUAUAAAGUUAUUACUAUAGUACAAUCUUUAGAGUGUAUGAUUUUCAAAAAUAAUAAUAGAUAUCUUCCAUU